AUGGGUCUACUCGAUUUCUUGAGCAAACGGCCAUCUGGCGACACAACGUCUCCGCAGAAGAGCCAGGCUCCUUCUCCACAUGCUCGAGGCAUCAUCGCCAGUCGUGAAAACGGAACGAGAACACCGGACCCAUCUCAGCGACUGCUCAAGCCUCGGCUUGUGGGGAGCCCACCACCUCAGGCCCAGCUCAAGGCCACUGGACGCAGUCCCAAAGAAUCAAUAGCUGGCUUAUCGUUGAGCAGCGUUCCAAAAUAUGGCGACCGCGAACGGCCUCAAAGUCGAGGCACGAUGGAACGGCUUACACCCUUGACACCGAGCUUCUCACUCCCACGCCGACGCUCUUCGGCGUUUGUCGAUAUUCUGGAUGCUCAAGGGGAGUUCAAACCUUAUGAUUUUAGGUCAAGACUUCAGGCAUCUGGCUCCCGUGAAUAUGGCGAGGAUGUUGCCGAUAGAAACAUUCAACCUGCCCUAACCGGCUCGCCGCGUCCACAUCGCCCACGAGGCAGUGUUUCUACAACUAGCUCUUCCAGAAAUACAUACGCGGUACCGCCAAUCCCUGAUCGUUUCAGAGACCAGCCUUCUCCUAGAAUCGAUCGUAGCGCCCGUCCACCCUCCCGACAGGCUCUUGGUGGUCGCCCAAUGUCAAGGGGGAAACUCAGCCCUGCAAGGGAAGAUUUCGAUAUAGCUACGAAUUUCGACAUCCAUGAUUUCCAUGAUCGUCGGCUUCAUUCAAAAAGUUCUUACGGACAGAUUUCCAUUAGUGGUAGCCGUGCCUCCACUCCACAACAAGCUCCAAGGACGGCAGAUGGUCGUUACAUGCGAGAUGAGGGCGACGCAUUCUCUCCAGAACUUCGCUCUGCCUCACCACCGGGCGUUCCUCGCUACAAGCCUAGGCAGUAUAGUUUACCUAGUGGUAAGGUUCUUUCUGAAACCUUGCCAGGGUCUGUUCGCUCGGCUCGGGAACAUCUCAACACUCUUUUACAGCCUCAUUCCGACCGAUCCAAGCAGUUGCACCAACAGCGCGCAAAGACACCAACCUCUCCCAACCAGCUGCACAGCUUUCGCCAUAGGGUCGACAAUGACUGGAACCGGUUCAACAGAUACGCGGGCGAUCAUCUCCAACCUGGCCAACCGGCCGCAUCUGCUUGGGAGGACGCAGUUGACUCGCCCUCGGAAUAUGCACCGUCAUUUACCUUUGGCAGCUCAGGUAAUCUUCAGUUGGAGAGUAUGGAGAGGCCACCCCCUUCUAUACGCACUUUUGGCAAGCGCGGAUCAAUUUCAUCUUUUGCUCAAUCUGAUUACUCCAGUCCUCAGCUUACUGGCGGCCGCAGUAUCCGUACAGCAGAUACCUCCAUUGACAUACCUCACAAUUCGUUUUUCAAUGACAUGGCAUUCAUUGGAGGCUCUUCUCGCAAUCUUCCGUCUCAAGCUGGUGACAGCUCUGUCGCUCCCGAUUUCACUGGGAAAGAGGACGACUCUGGUGGUGAAUCUAUAUUCAUAUCCCCUGCCACACCGUUAGAGGAGCAACCCAGUUUCAUCCCGCUGUCUCCAACCCAUCGCCACGGAGGCCUCAGCGUUAGCAGCUAUGACGCUACCAGCGUAUCCGACUCGGACGCCGAUUCCUUUCUCGACAAACAACGACGAGCAGGCAGGGACGGUGAAGCUCUUUUAUUCAGAGACCAGGGAUUUGGCGAUGAUGGCAAGAGUCUUCCAGGGCUUUUCAACGAGUCAGAGAGCCUCGCUACGCCCAAAUGGCCAGAUAUGCCCAUGACUCCUACAGAUGUGUCUGAAAUGGGCGAUGACGAAGCAUCCGUCGUAGGAGUGCCUGCGGCCCUUGGAAAAUCCCGGCAAAACACGUCAAGGCCGUUUACCCAGCGUGAGCGGCUGCUGGCUCUUGGCUACGACUACGACUCCGACUCAGACACCGAAUCUUCUUUGCAAUCCGAUGAGCUCCCCGAAGAGCGAGCGCUAAAGCUACUCUCGACUCUGAUAAAGAACAAUGCAGCCAAGAGCCCUGAAGCCAGGGCAGAGCAGCAGCUUGAUAUAAAGACAAUCGCGAAGCUCCGCAAGGAGGUUAAAAGGAGAAAGCUGCUCGACCCUGCGUCUUCUCGACGAGGAAGCAAACUAUCCAGCCAGGAGAACAGCGAGGUCGAAGCCACUACGACGAAAUAA